AGCGCCAGCCCAGCGGCCAGCCAGUGCCGGGCUGGCCAUGUAAGGCCCCCAGGCGGUCCUGCCUGCCCGGUGCCCUGCAGAGAGCCUCGUGCAGCCCUGGGCACCGCCCCUGCCCUGCCCUGACCCCUUGGCCUCGAAAUGCUGUCAUCGGAGGAGCCGUCCCGCUCGGGACAAGGCCAGGAUGGACAAAGCUAGAGCUGGGGCAGGCAAGGAGCCGUCCUGUCCUCGAGCCCGUGGGAAGAGAAGCACGCACAGGGAGCCACUCCUGAGAGCCUCUCAGUCCACCAGGCCUCUGCAGAGGGGCCACCAUGGCUCUGGCCCCAGCCGGUUGGCAGCUGGGGGCCCUGGUGUGGGGCGCCUGCGUCUGCGUCCUGGUGCACGGGCAGCAGGCGCAUCCAGGGCAGGGCUCGGACCAGGGACGCUGGCGGCAGCUGAUCCAGUGGGAGAACAACGGGCAGGUGUACAGCCUGCUCAACUCGGGCUCAGAGUACGUGCCUGCUGGGACUCAACCCUCCGAGGGUAACUCCCGGGUGCUGCUGGCGGGCGCCCCCCAGGCCCCGCAUCGGCGCAGCCACGGGGGCCUCCGGCGUCGGCAGGCCCCGUCGCUGCCCCUGCCCGGGCGCAUCGGCUCGGACACCGUGCGCGGCCAAGCGCGGCACCCAUUCGGCUUCGGCCAGGUGCCCGACAACUGGCGCGAGGUGGCCGUCGGGGACAGCACGGCCAUGGCCCGGGCCCGCACCUCCGUCUCCCAGCAACGGCACGGGGGCUCCGCCUCCUCGGUCUCGGCCUCGGCCUUCGCCACCACCUACCGCCAGCCGUCCUCCUUUCCGCAGCAGUUCCCCUAUCCGCAGGCGCCCUUCGUCAGCCAGUACGAGACGUACGACCCCGCGUCGCGGACCUACGACCAGGGCUACGUGUACUACCGCGGCGUGGGCGGCGGUCUGGGCGCAGGGACGGCGGCCGUGGCCUCGGCGGGGGUCAUCUACCCCUUCCAGCCCCGGGCGCGCUACGAGGAGUACGGCGGCGGCGAGGAGCAGCCCGAGUACCCGCCGCAGGGCUUCUAUCCGGCCCCGGAGAGGCCGUACGCGCCGCAGCCGCAGCCAGCCGACGGCCUGGACCGCCGCUACUCGCACAGCCUGUACAACGAGGGCACCGCGGGCCUCGAGCAGGCCGGCACCGCGGGCCUCGAGCAGGCCUACCCCGACCCGGGCCCCGACGCCGCGCAGCCCAACGGUGGCGCCUACGGCGGCGACCCCCGCUUCGGCUGGUACCCGCCCUACGGCAACAUGCCACCCGAGGCCUACAGCCCGCCGCGAGCCGUGGAGCCGCAGCCCCCCUUCCGCGUGCUGGAGCCUCCCUACCUGCCGGUGCGCAGCUCCGACGCGCCCCCGCCGGCUUCGGAGCGCAAUGGAGCUCAGCAGGGCCGCCUGAGUGUGGGCAGCGUGUACCGGCCCAGCCAAAACGGUAGAGGUCUCCCUGACUUGGUCCCGGACCCCAACUACGUGCAAGCGUCCACUUACGUCCAGAGAGCCCACCUGUACUCCCUGCGCUGUGCUGCAGAGGAGAAGUGUCUGGCCAGCACAGCCUACGCCCCUGAGGCCACCGACUACGACGUGCGGGUGCUGCUGCGUUUCCCCCAGCGCGUGAAGAACCAGGGCACCGCAGACUUCCUUCCGAACCGGCCGCGGCACACCUGGGAGUGGCACAGCUGCCACCAGCACUACCACAGCAUGGACGAGUUCAGCCACUACGACCUGCUGGAUGCAGUCACAGGCAAGAAGGUAGCCGAGGGCCACAAGGCCAGCUUCUGCCUGGAGGACAGCACCUGCGACUUCGGCAACCUCAAGCGCUACGCGUGCACCUCUCACACGCAGGGCCUGAGCCCAGGCUGCUAUGACACGUACAAUGCAGACAUCGACUGCCAGUGGAUUGACAUAACCGAUGUGCAGCCCGGGAACUACAUCCUCAAGGUGCACGUGAACCCAAAGUACAUUGUUUUGGAGUCUGACUUCACCAACAAUGUGGUGAGAUGCAACAUCCACUAUACAGGUCGCUAUGUUUCUACAACAAACUGCAAAAUUGUCCAAUCCUGAUCUCGGAGAGGGUGCGCAGAUGGCCAACCUCCCCACCUCCCAAAGCAGGCCCUGCUCCCCAGGCAGCCUCCCGCCAGGACAGGCCCGGCCCGAGGGGCCCAGCCACCACCCACAGGCAGGGGCAGCUGGACGCUGGGAGCAUCCUUCCCUGCCCGCCUCAGGGAGCGAACGUGGACCAAAACCACAGGGAUUCCGGACGCCAGGCCCAGUUGUGUACUUAACUUUCCCCUACAGCGUGAUUUUGUUGGUUGUUGGUUUUUAUUUUUUAUAGUUUGGCCAUACCACAGAGCAAGAUUGCCCAGGCCUGGGCUGAAUAAAACAAGGUUUUUCUA